CAGAUGUUCGUCCUCACCUCGUCGAGGCAUGAAUGCGCCUCUCAUAGCUCUCGAAUCGGCAGUGGCACACUGACACGCAGUUUCCCUUACAGUAAACCCACAGACGUAAUGGCCCAGGCUGCACAGAUGAGCGUCCUUGAAAUCAACACUCCUCCUCUUCGAGUGGAGCACGACAAAAAAAGACGACAAUUCAGCAUCCGACUGAACGGUUCCCAUGACAAGGCUGUGCUGCUGUAUGAAUAUGUGGGGAAGAAAACCGUGGAUCUGCAGCAUACUGAGGUUCCUGAAGCUUACAGAGGACGAGAGAUUGCCAAACACCUAGCCAAGGCUGCAAUGGAUUUUGUGGUAGAGGAAGACCUGAAAGCCCAUCUAACAUGCUGGUACAUCCAGAAAUAUGUCAAAGAAAAUCCCCACCCCCAUUACUUGGAGCACAUCAUCCAUUGAGAGCAAGCAAGAGAGAGAUGGGGCACAAAAUGAAGAUAUCUCUGUUCUAAUAGGAUAUUUGGGAUUG